AUGGAGACCUCUGAGCUGGGCGUCGCGGCGGGGCUCCUGGCGCCCCCCGCCACCCCCACCAGGCGGCCUUCCGCCACCAGUGCCUCAGCUGGCAGAAGACACACCGCCAAGGUGGGCAGCUCACACGGCAGGCCCCGCGUGGGGCCGUUGCUGAGGCCAUCACUGGGCCGGGCGCCGACGGCGAGAGAAGCGACGGAAUGGGUGGAUGCCGUGACGACAAGGGCUGAAAAUGGAAGGGGAGGAGGCGGCUUUGUGACAGGGUUCCUGGUUGGAGGGGUCGUCUGCGGUGUGCUUGGCUUUCUGUAUGCACCACAGAUUUCGAGAACCCUACUGGAUGAGCAGCAGCGCCUGAAGCUGCCAAAAUUUCUGGAAGAUAAGCCUCCAGUACCAGUGACCAAGGACGAGCUGGUCCUCCGGGUUGAUGAGCUUAACGCCGCUGUCGACCAGCUUGCGCAAAACCUUGGGGACAGAGGCGGCGACGCUGACAACAGCAAGGACCCUCAGGCUACCAAGGUACCAGCCUGA